AUGCCAGAAACACGCCGCAUCGGACAGAUCAUCCGUCUCAAGCCCGAAUGUUUGCAAGCCUACAAAGACUGCCAUGCUGCGGCUUGGCCAGCUGUCCUCAAGCAAAUCAAAGAUUGCAAUAUCUCCGACUACUCAAUCUACUUCGAUGACCGGAGCUACACGCUAUUUGCAACAAUGAAAUGGACUGGCACCGACUUCGAGGCAGACAUGGAGAGCAUGAAGGCCAACCCCGAAGUGAGACGUUGGUGGGAAAUGACGGACAGUAUGCAGGAAACGCUGGUGGACGGCAGUACUGGAAGCACGGAUUCGAAGGGCUGGUGGAAAGAUCUCGAGGAGGUUUUCAGAUGCGAGUGA